AUAAGAGGGAUUGUUCCUAUCAUCUUAUAGACAACAGGUCAGUUGAUCGAGUGACAUUUGCUCAUUGAAUCCGCCGCCAUGAGAGUUGCUACUGGGGUCGAGAAUGAUACUACUCCCCGCCUGGGUGUGGACAACAUCUCAGACGGAGAGACAGUCCAUCAGCGUUGUGUUCUUUUGACCGGUCGGUGCUCGACUGACAACGAGGAAACCGGGUACAGUGAGACAGAACAUAUACUCAUCGCUACCAAGGACGAUUUUGGCGCCGUUGCCUUUCCGACUCAAACAUGGCCCCUUGCAUGCGGAUACUUCAAAGCGAUGGUCUUGCUGUCGCCGGGAAACAAUCAGUUGACGCUGCAGCAUCGUCGCCGUACGCAGGUGCUCGAGACUCUGGAGCUGAAGCUGAACUAUGUCCCGCUCUCUCAGCUGCCACCGCUUCACCUCGCCAUCAUGGUGGGCAAGGAUUCUCCCCUGCUGAUCGAUUGUCCGGGGAACAAAUUUGGCGGGAUUUCAUCUGCCCAUGCGGAUCUUGACGCUGCCGUAGCGAAGCUGCGGAUGACUGCCUACAUGUGGCAGGCCAUGACGGCCGAGGAUAUGCGACUGAAAGGACUGGGCCGGCGAUCGUUCCGGCUAGAGGAAGAAUGGGCGACAGACACCCUCAGUCGUCAAUUUUGGAAUGCCCGACACAGUUCAGACUCUCUGUACGGCAAUGGAGAAGGCCCUGGAGCAGCUAGAUCGACGGCCAAGGUCCAUAUCGUGAAAUCGGACAAAACUGUUGCGGAGCUGCGCAGCCUAGAUGUCGCCCAGCAGAACCCUCAAGGUCACAGGAGGGACGAUCUGCAUCGUUACUUUAUGGAUGCGCUAAAAGCACAUGGAACCCCGUUCCAGUCGUCUGUGCGGCCCGUGGUAGCCGGGCUAAUCCUCGAUUCGACGUACUCGAUUGAGAAAGAUAUGAUCCUGGCACACGCGGCUCUGGGCAGCUCUAGCCCCGAAGGCAUCUCUCUCGGUGUUUUUGGCAGCCAUCUUACCUACUCGUGGCCACGGUUUCUCGAAGAGGUUUCUGCAUGUCUGCUGGACACCACACCCCGAGAGGAUGGGAUGGGAAACGACAACGGCGAAUGUGAGACGGCAUGGGAAGCCUGUACUGUCGGCCAGGGUGCUUUCCUGCACGAAGUUGGUCAUGCCUUUGGAGCGCCGCACACCACGGGUAUCAUGGCCAGAGGGUAUCCCCGCCACUGGGCCAAGCACUUCUUGCCUUACACGGCCUACUCAGCGCGUACGAAAGCACCGGGCCAACUUGUUGCCGAGAGUGACAAUGAUGCUCGCUGGGAUCUGGGUGAUGCCUUGUCGUUCAGCGCGCAACCUCACUUCCGACUUCCAGGUGACCGGCUGCUGCCGCUGGCGUUGAGAAAGACCUCUCCAUCCGUGCAUUUAAUCCACGGCGACGGUGAAGCCAGCUCAAAGAUUGUCAUUGAACAUGUCGCUGGUAUCGCGUGCAUUCAAUUCGGCGGUACUAUGGAGCCCGUGCCAUCCGUUUCGCAGCCACAGACGCAAGUCGAGUAUUCUCUUUCUGACCUGGCGCAGAGGUUCGAUCCAACGACCGAACUAACCCUACAGGUUCUUGCAAUGAAUGGCAAGACCAAGAGAGUGCGGAAUUUCUGGCGACUGACUCGCAGUGCGGAUGUCAUUCGUAUCCCUGGAUCUUCAGUCAUGCUUCAGAAGCGCUCCAUUGCCAUUGACGAGGUCAACGGAGAUACCGCCGAUGAGCGGUACUGGGAAUGGGGAGUGCUCUUCAAUCACCGGAGCACCGAUGGGAACAUCGUCCGGGCUACCGCUGUCGACAUACGAGUCGGAUACCUUUUCGACGGCGCUGUCGUCUAUUUUGCCAACGGCGAGACUGUCAAUUGUGGGCCUCUAGUAGACGAGAAUGGAGAUUCCCACAGUUUGGGGGGCCACGCAUCCGAGAAGAUCGAUAUUCCUCCAGGAGUGGAGAUCCGCAAGCUGGAAAUCUGCCAUGACGACAGUAACCUCUGGGGAAUGCGUAUUUAUCUGUCCAACGGUGAAGUAGCCGGUGAAUUGAACGAGAAUAACGGCGAUGUCGAUACAUUAGAAGCUGCCUCGGAUGAAAGAAUUGUUGGCUUCUAUGGCCGCAGUAUUUGGCCUGAUAGAUUCAUGGAAGCCAUCGAAUUCGGGAUUGUCACGGCGUCGAGGGCCGUAGAGCUACCUGAAGCUAUUCACGACAUUUCCGAGCUGCAGAAUACUGACGGGGGAGUUUUUCAUCCUGCGCAAGACCAUGAUAUCUGACUUUGACUGUCCAUCAUAUAUUCUUAUAGCAGUGAUAUACCUGGGGGC